AUGAUUGCUCUUGACACAUCAAAAAGUCGUUUAAUUAUUUUUAUUAUAUUGGUUACAUUAACAAUUCCAUCAAUUUUAUGUUCACUCUUUAUAUUUUAUCAUUUUUAUCGAUCACGUAAAUUACGUCAACGUAUUAACAAUCAUGUAGUACUUCUCUUAUUAAUUAUAACUUUUAUACAGGUAAUUGGUGAAUUACCAAUAACUUUAAUUUUUUUACGAACUGGUUCAGCUGCUGUUUCAUCAAAAAAGUUUUGUCAAUUUUGGAUUAUUUUUGAUUAUAUGUUAUUUACUGGUAGUUUAUGGACAAUGGCAAUUGCGAGUAUUCAAAGAUAUUAUUUGGUCUUUCAUCGAACAUUUUUUGAUAAAUAUAUUAUUUUCUUUCAUUAUGUUCCUCUAAGUUUUUGUGUUAUAUAUCCAAUUAUACUCUAUAGUUUCUUGGUAACUAAAUAUUCAUGUAUAACGGAUUUUGAUUAUUCAUCAUGGACAUGUGGAGGUGCAUGCUAUUUAUAUGAACCUGUUCUUGGUUCAAUUGACUGGAUAUUUAAUGGUUGUGUGAACGUUGUUUUAAGUAUUUUAGCAACAUCGCUAAUUAUUACUCGUGUUUUAAUUCAAAAAUGUCGAGCAACAACUCAACGAUCUAUAUGGAAUCGAAGUCGUCGUAUAAUUAUUCAAUUAGUUGCUCUUUCUACACUUUAUAUGUUAGUAUGGUUACCAUGUGUCAUUUGUUUUGUUAUUACACUCUUUAGAUCCGUUCCAGUUCUAUCAUCACUUUAUAUAUCUUAUCUUAGUUAUUAUCAAUAUUUAUCAAGUCUUUUAUGUCCAUUCGUUUGUCUUGCGGGUUUACCCGAAGUAAGACGUGCACUGAAUAAUAUAAAGCCUCUUAACAAACAAAUCGUACAUGAUAUAAGACAAGUUGCAGAAAAUAUAAAAAAUCAUCGUAGAAAUUGUUUGGAAAGUGAUUCAUAA